GUAUUUCAUGUUCUAUUUCAAAUUCAUACAUAAUUUUUAAAUAUAUUAAAUAAUUUUAAAAGUAUCUAAUAAAAUACUAUAUUUUUAGAUAUGCAGAUAUUUUUUUUCACUAUAGUACUUGAAAUUGACAAUUAUGUUUAUUGUGAUUAGGUACCGGCGGCUCCUGCCAAGAGGAAAAGAGCGUAAAAGCUUUUUAUCCAGUGCGACAAACGACCCUCUACCUGUUCGGUAAAAUGUCAGUAAGAAACACACACAAGAAAAAAAAAGUUUGAAAACAACAAGCACUAGGAUUAACUAUUGCAACGAGAACGUUUAAUCCAACGAGCCGUCCACGCACUCUCCGAUCAGACAAAGUAUCUGAUUAUUCUAUUAAGUAUUAACUGAACCUGGAUUCAGUAUUACAUAUGUGCUGACACCAUUUUCAAUAUAUAUAUACACAUACACAAGCAUCUUCUGACCCAAAUUACAGUUCAAGAAUUAAAAGCAACCCAAAGUGUCAAAAGAUGGAAAUUGUUGAAGAUGUUGUAAUUGUGGGGGCUGGAGUUGCUGGUCUCACCACAUCUUUGGGUCUCCAUAGGCUGGGAAUUCAUAGUUUAGUGUUGGAAUCAUCGGACAAAUUGAGGAUCACUGGGUUUGCAUUCACGACGUGGAGCAAUGCCUGGAAAGCGUUGGAUGCUAUUGGUAUCGGUGAAUCUCUACGCUGUCAACAUAACCUCAUUACAAGCAUGGUUAUUGCUUCAACGUUCUCAGACAAACCGCCAUCAGAGGCACCAUUUAAGGGUCUCGAAGUUCGCUGUCUUCAACGGAGAUUAUUGUUGGAAACAUUAGCAAAAGAAGUUCCCAAUGGAACCAUAAGGUUCUCUUCUAAAGUGGUUUCCAUUGACGAAUCUGAAGGCCACUUUAAACGACUCCAUCUUGCUGAUGGAACCAUCCUCAAAACCAAGGUGUUGAUAGGGUGCGAUGGAGUGAACUCAGUGGUGGCAAAAUGGCUUGGUUUGCAAAAGCCUGCUUUCGCAGGUCGAUCGGCGGUUAGAGGCAAUGCGCAUUUUAAAAGCGGCCAUGGAUUUGAACCCAAAUUCAAGCAGUUGGUUGGCAAAGUUGGCCGAUUAGGGUUCUUACCUUGUGAUGAUGAGAAUGUUUUUUGGUUUUUUACUUGGAUUCCAGCCACUAAAGAAGAAGGAAUGGAAGAAGACCCAAUUAAGCUGAAACAAUUCGUAGCAAACGAGCUUAAAGAUGCAUCAGAUGAGAUGAAAUCAAUCAUCGCAAACACUUCGCUAGAAUGCAUUAUAUCAUCUCCAUUAAGGUAUAGGAAACCAUUGGAGCUGCUUCUUUGGGGAAAUAUCAGCAAAGGCAACGUUUGUGUAGCCGGUGAUGCUCUUCAUCCCAUGACCCCAGACCUCGGCCAAGGUGCGUGUUCAGCCAUGGAAGAUGGUGUUAUUCUCGCUAGAUGCCUAGGUGAAGCCUUGUUGAAACCAGGGGUUGAGGAUGAUGAUGAAGAAUAUAAGAGGAUUGAAAUGGGGUUGAAGAAAUAUGGUCGAGAAAGAAGAUGGAGAAGCUUUGAUUUGGUUACUACUGCUUUCAUGGUGGGUUUUGUAUUGCGAAAUGAUGGGAAGAUGAUUAGGUAUUUGAGGGAUAAGUUUUUGACGUUGGGAUUUAUAGCUGGGUUGUUGUUAAGGAAGGCUGGUUUUGAUUGUGGUAAGCUUUGAUGGUAAUGUAUAUAUGUUUUGAUGUAAGUCUUGUGUUGUUGCUUGUUUGAGUUUGCUUUGUAGUUGGGUUUUUGUGUCCAACUGGUUUGGUUAUAUUUUCUCUUUGAAUGAAAGCUUCUUCCAAUUGAUUU